AUGCCUACCCUGCAAGCAAGCGAAGAGAAAGGACGCCCGCCGCCUUGCAAAGCAUGCCAGAACACCGAUGCCGAAUGUGUCUUUGACGAGACCCUCGACCUCAGACGCAAAGUCGCCGCUAAACGCACUCUCGGAGAGCUAGAAUAUUAUCGAGGACUGCUGAACUCUUUGCUGGAGUCACUCAGAUCUCCGGAAGACGACAAGAUCCAGUACAUACUGAGUACUAUCCGACAGACUCCUUCUCUGAAGGACGUUGCCUCCGCUGUAGAUGCGCCGACUAUGGAUAUGAGUGAUGCGACAUCGGAUAAUUUCAAGGGAGGAAACUCCACAGAGGACGCCAUUGCUCAGCAUGAACGUUUGCUUGUAGAUGUUCACUCGAGGAUAACCUUAGAGAAGCUUUGUGAUGUUCCCGUGCUCCGAGUACCUGCCAAACCUUGGACGAGAGUCACCGAAGACGAGCAGCUCGUCUCGCAUUUGAUCUCUUUGUAUUUCACGUGGGACCACCCACUGUCCCAACUCAUUGAUCAAAGGAUGUUCAUCAAGCACAUGAACAAAGGUGACACGAACUCAGAGUUCUGCAGUCCGCUUCUCGUAAACAGUGUCCUCGCAAUGGCAAGUGCAUACUCCGAUUUCCCCGAAGUCUUCUCCUCUCCCGGCGAUUUGACCUCGAAAGGCAAACAAUUUUAUGCGGAAGCAGAGAGACUGUGGAUGGCCGAAGACGGGCAUGCGUCGUUGACCAAUAUCCAGGCUGUCGCUCUUAUGAGCUGCGUGUUGAGCUUCCAGAUGAAGAGAAAAGCAAGUUGGCUAAUGCUGAGGCAAGCCGUGCAGCUUGCGCAAGACAUUGGAAUGUUCCAAUCCCCCCGGUCGAGCCAUAAAGAGUGGAAGAAGACACGCAUUGAUGUGCAGUAUGCCGGGGUUGUAACUGCUUGGGGAUUAUUCGCCCUGAAUUCUCAAGUCUCCCUGGAAUCCGGAAAAGUCGCAAACCUUGCACGCCCCAGAUUCAAGCCGUUUAACCGAAACAGGCUCGAUGACGAUGUUGCAUGGGUACCCUAUCCUCGUUCGAACCAGAUAGAUUACGACGCAAAGCCGGCUUUGCUCGCGUCAAUCAUGUUUCACUCGACGGACCUGACGGAAAUUGUAGUGGAGAUCCAGGAUUUAUUAUAUGACAAGGCGCUCGACUGGCGAAUGGAGGAUACGUGGGCAGCGGCAAACAAUCUAUACACUCGUUUAGGGACGUGGUUGGAAGGACUGCCUGAAACUUUGCAAGUGGACGAGGAACAAAUCCCGCAAAUACUGUAUAUGCAUAUCAACUACCAUUAUACCACCAUCUACCUGUCCGGGUUUUUCCUCGACCACGAAGAGAGAACAUUACAGCCGGCCCAAAUCGAGCAGGCCAGAUUGGCCCAGCUGCAGUCGGCGAACCAGAUCGCACAUUGCCUUCGAAUUUAUCACGAGUCUUACGGGCUCCGGCAUGUGCCUCGAAUGAUGCUUGGGCCCACCAACAGAAGCGCCCUGGCCUUGCUGGCCGCUCUAGAGGACGAAGAGCUCAAGGAAUCCUUCAUCGAGUUGUGUCGGUUUUUGGUCGCCUUCAGCAAGAGGUUCUCGCAGGCUCAAGCCAUGAUCCACAUGAUCGAAAAAACCGCCCGACAGAUGAAAAUUGCACUGCCCCCGGAGGCUAUUGCCGUGCUCGAUCACAAAGAGCUGGAGACAUCUCAAUGGCUGUAA